AUGUCUGGAAUAGAGGUCGCCGGUCUCGUCUUUGGCGUCUUGCCGCUCCUCAUUGAAGCCGUGAAGGCCUACUCAUCCAUCUCCGACGGCUUCCAUACGUUCCGCCAUUAUUCAAGGGAGAUAAAAUCUAGCUCGGUCCAGCUGAAAGUACACAACGGUAUCUUCCUCAACGAAUGCCGCUUGUUGCUGCGCCUGGUAGAGGACGAGAAGGGGGUGAAGGACAUGCUGGAAGACGAAGUAGAUCGUCGCUGGACGAGCAAACAGUUCAAUGACCGGCUUAACGCGGCACUUCGGGACAAUUUCGAGCUAUGUCGCAGCAUCAUUGAAGAGACGAAGGACAUCAUUGAGGGAUUGAGGAAGGAGUUAAACCAGUUUGAUGUCCUGCUGGAUGAGAAGAAACAGGGCGAAUCCAUCAAGUCAGCCAUCAGACGCCUGCGCGGUGCUAUCAAGAUCUCCUUUGACAAAUCCAAGUACCAAAGGUACCUGGCUGAACUGCGAGACCGGAACGGCGACCUAAGCCAUCUCCGAGCCCAAAUUGGCGCCUUCCAACAGCAGGACACGUGCGCAUCAGGCACAAGCGUGCGACAUAGGGCGUUGCCCACACGCUUUCAGUCCAUCCAAACGGCUUCCCAGAAGCUACACGAGGCUCUUUGUGGCGCGUGGUGCUGCGACGAUCUGAGCCACCGUGGACACUACGCUAAACUAUGCGUCGACGCCGAUGUCCAAGCCGAAGUACGUCUCGACCUCGCCAUAUCUUGUCAACAGACGCCUUCCGAACUCAUUGAUGGGUUAAUGCAGGAGCCUCCGAUCUGGCUGUACGUGCAGUCGAUGAGCAUCGAUGCGAGAGGGUACGAUGAGAAAACCAAAGAAGCCGCCAUAUCCUUACAGGAGCCUUUGUCAGCGGUGCUCUCGGGCUCUUCAUCUUCUUCGACGGUGUUGAAAAAGAAAGCUUCUUCAGACCUAGCCCAACCAACGACAUGCAGGAAGAGGAAGAAACGAGUCCAUUUCAUCAACGACCAAGACACAGAGGCCCCGCAAAAUCUAUGCAACACCAUCUCGGCAGUCGUCGCGCAGCAGACUACACAGAUGUUGAAUCUCUGCCAAGCCAAGAACAUCUGCCAUUACUUGAAACGAAAUCUCCUAGCAUGUGACGGUUCCGUCGCCAGACGUUGUGUUGGCUACCUGGAAACACCAAAGAUGUAUCGACACUUGUUCUAUCUUCGAAAGGAAAAGCGCUCGACCAGUGCCACAUCAACAAGCCGUGACCUGGCUGCCAUUCGAUCCAUCUUCGACAUUAUGAGGCAAGAAGCCGACGACGUUUUGGAAGUUAAGGAUCAACUCCAGCUCGCUCACAAGACCGCACUGGCAAUCCUCCAAUUCAACGACACUCCAUGGCUGCCUGAACGCUGGCGGCUCCGAGACAUGAGUUACUUCGGAAGCCAACGCGUCUUCGACGAAGCUGCGCUCAAGUCCCUCCACCUCAGCUCUCAAAUAGCUUCAUCCAUUCGAGCAAACACUCUGGCGAUGGACGGGGUGGAGCGUGCCCAAGAAGCAGCAGUAAGCGAGGAAGUCCGCUACGGCAUCAACAACACCACGCUCUUCUUCCUCGGCGUCGCUCUGCUCGAGAUCGCGCAUUGGGCACCUCUGGAGGAGAAAAUGACAUCAAGGGAUCUCAACAACGAGAUUUUUGCUGCGCGACGCCUCGCAUCCGCUCGGGCUCCGCUAGGACCGGAGUAUCAAAAGCUCGCCCAGAAAUGCCUCCAGUGCAACUUCGGCUUUGGAACUCAACUCGGAAAUAAAGGGUUGCAGGCUGCCGUCUAUAAUGACGUAGUCUGUUCGCUCGAAAAGAUGAUGGACUCGCUGUCAGUCUGA